AUGUCCGCGGUGGAAACGCAGCUGCAAAGCCCGAUCGAGGGAAGCGAUAUAGUGAAUGGUAAUCAAACGGCAACCAUACUGCAGCUGGCAAUGGCCGCGCUACGGUUAACUAAAGCGACCGGUACGGAUGGCAACAGUAAUAAUGGCCACCAGCAGCGACUACGACAACAGAUUACGCUCAGUGAGGUGGCUUAUCACGAUUGCUAUGACGAUUGCUGGAUCGUGCUGUACGAUCGUGUAUAUGAUGUUACGAAUUUUCUGAAAUUGCACCCUGGUGGGCAUGAUGUGCUGGUGGAGAAUGCUGGACGUGAUGCUACCAUCGCCUUCCUCAAUGUUGGACACUCUGGUACGGCGAUCAAGUCCCUCAAACAGUACGAAAUAGGAGAACUUCCACCGAGCGAAUGUAUCUACAGGUGUACGGGAAAGCUCACCCUAACGAACCUGCCCGACUAG